GUUUUAGAACCUGAUCACCCUUACGGAAAGAAAGAUGUCUGGUGUAUCCCUUGCGGUGGCGCCACGCCCUGACUGCGACAAGAACCCCCCAAACAAUCACCGACAAGACCAGACGGCCGGCGCCGUUGAAGAUGUAAUGGAAUCACUACGUAUGAUGGACCUCCAGUUGGUAGCUUUCAUAACGGUUUUCUCAGCUAGCGGUCUUGUCCCCCUCUUCGACCUUCUCUUCCCAGCCAUCACCUCCGCCUACCUCCUCCUCUUAUCCCAACUAGUCUUCCCGGAGCACACCUCCGCCACCACUUCAAAAGAGCGACUAUUUCAGUCAAGUAGAUCCUUUAGACUUUAUGUGAUUACGGGUCUCGCCGUGGGGCUGUUCUUGCCGUUAGCUUAUGUUUUGGGAGGGUUUGUAAGGGGAGACGAUCAUGCAGUUAAGUCGGCUACACCUCACUUGUUCUUACUCUCGUUUCAAAUAUUGACGGAGAAGGUUGUAAGUGGGCUGUGUUUGUUUUCACCUCCUGUGAGGGCUUUGGUGCCGAUGUUGUAUACAGUUAGAAGAAUCUUUGUUAUAUUGGAUUGGGUACGAGAUGUGUGGUUCAACAAAACCCUGCCAUUAAAUGCAGGAAUUAAGGAUGUUGGAUGGUAUUGGUUUGGGAGAAUCCUAGCGAUGGCUAAUCUGGGUUAUUUCUCAAUCAAUCUGUUUGGAUUUUUGAUUCCACGGUUUCUUCCAAGAGCAUUCGAGCAGUAUUUCAAGGAAAGAAACGAGAUACACGAGAAGUCGUCGGUGAAGGACUUGAGAUCCAAGUAUCCAACACCCACAGGAAUCAGGAUGUGGGCUGCAAGAGACCAUCUACAGUCGGAGAAAUCUGAUUAACAUGGACUGUUCGUUAAUACACGCCAAAAUACGGGUUAAUAUGUUUUUGUUUUAUGUUGAUAAAGUUUAGAUAUACGGGGAAACGGGUCUUUUUUU